AUGCCCACUCCUAUGCCCACUCCUAUGCCCACUCCCUCACCCACUCCUUCACCCACUCCUACGCCCACUCCUAUGCCCACUCCUACGCCCACUUCUAUGCCCACUCCCUCACCCACUCCUUCACCCACUCCUACGCCCACUCCUACGCCCACUCCCUACGCCCACUCCUAUGCCCACUCCUACGCCCACUCCUACGCCCACUCCUUCACCCACUCCUACGCCCACUCCUACGCCCACUCCUACGCCCACUCCUACGCCCACUCCCUCACCCAUCCUUCACCCACUCCUACGCCCACUCCCUCACCCACUCCUUCACCCACUCCUUCGCCCACUCCUACGCCCACUCCUACGCCCACUCCUACGCCCACUCCUACGCCCACACCCUUCGAAGGACACUUCCUUCCUCCACGCAAGCCGCCCACGCACGUCAUCCUAGCCGGGCGCAGGAGGACAGGAGGCAGCGUGAUUCUGAAGACAAAUUCAAAUUUAAGCCAACGGGAGACUAACCAGCCGGCGAGAACAGGCAAUGAGGCAAGGUCAUUAGGUCAAUAA